AUGAGUGAUCCAUUUCCUCUUCCACAUGAAUGGUACCAGCCAGGUGGCCUCAUCAUCGGUGGGAUAGCUUCUCAGCUCUAUUAUGUAUUUUAUGAAGUUUUCUUCAAAGAGCAUCCUUCACAGAAUCUGUUCGGGGUUCCACACAUGGUGACAAAAUUCUACCAACAUGUACUUGCCUUGGCAUUUUCUGUGAAAGAAAUAAAUGAGAAUCCCAACAUCUUGCCCAAUAUCACACUUGGCUUCCACAUCCAUGACAGCUAUUUUGAUGCAAGGAUGACCUACCGCACUACACUCGACCUCCUCUUCAAAAUGGGUAGAUUCAUCCCCAACUACAAAUGUGACACACAGAAAACCCUCAUAUCCAUCAUUGGGGGACUUGGCUCUGAUACGUCCUUCCAUAUGGUAGACAUAUUAGGUCUCUACAAGAUUCCACAGCUGCACCAUUUUCUUCCUGGCAUUUCCUUUAACAACUCAGCUGGAGAAACAGUGUCCUUUACUAAUGAAGGAGAAAUGGGAGGUGGAUUUGACAUCAUGAACAUGCUCACCUUCCCAAACCAGUCUUUCCUUCGAGUGAAGGUUGGAUGGGUGGAUCCCAGGGCUCCCAGCAGAAAAGAAUCCAUCAUUCAUGAGGACAUGAUUAUAUGGAACAAAGGUUUUAACCAGGGGGUGCCCAUUUCUCUGUGUAAUGACUACUGCGGCCCAGGUAAUCAGAAGAAAAGGAAGGAAGGGCAGAAAUUUUGCUGCUAUGAUUGUACUCCAUGUCCAGAAGGGAAGAUUUCCAACCAAAAUGAUAUGGAUGACUGUGUCAGAUGCCCAGAAGAACAGUAUCCAAACAAGAAGAAAAAUGGAUGCAUCCAAAAAAGAAUAAGCUUUCUUACUUAUGAAGAACCUUUAGGAAUCAGCUUGGCCUCACUUGUUCUUUGUUUUUCCCUGAUCACAACUUUGGUGAUAGAAACUUUUAUCAAACACAAAGAUACUCCCAUUGUCAAAGCCAACAACAGGGAUCUCACCUACGCUCUCCUUAUUGCACUCCUACUCUGCUUCCUCUCGUCAUUUCUGUUCAUAGGACACCCUGGGAAAGUCACCUGUCUUCUUCGCCAACCAAUGUUUGGCACCGUCUUCUCAUUGGCUGUUUCAUGUGUGUUGGCAAAGACUGUCACUGUAGUUAUAGUGUUCAUGGCUAGCAAGCCAGGGUCUAGUAUGAGGAAGUGGGUAGGAAAACGGCUGGCCAAUGUCAUAGUCUUUUCCUGCUCUCUUGCUCAAGCAAGUAUUUGUACUGUGUGGUUGAUGACUUCUCCCCCAUUCCCCACUCUAGACAUGGAGUCAGCAACAGAAGAAACCAUUGUGCAGUGCAAUGAAGGCUCAGUGACUAUGUUUUAUUGUGUCCUGGGUUAUAUGGGCCUCCUGGCCUUUGCGAGCUUCAUUGUGGCAUUUGCAGCUCGCAAAUUACCGGACAGCUUUAAUGAAGCCAAAUUCAUAACCUUCAGCAUGUUGCUGUUUUGCAGUGUGUGGCUGUCUUUUGUCCCAACAUACCUGAGCACCAAAGGGAAAUCCAUGGUGGUGGUGGAGAUCUUCUCCAUCUUGUCCUCCAGUGCUGGAUUGUUGGGCUGUAUCUUUGCUCCUAAAUGCUACAUUAUUGUCCUGAGGCCUGAGCUGAACAAUAGGGAGCAAAUAAUGAGAAAGAAGUGA